CGAACAAAUCAGAUCAAAGGAAAGAAACUGCCGGCUUUCAAAAUCCUCCUCCUCCGCCAUCAUUCGACCCCUUGCGGGGAGCAGGUGGUACCGGAGACGGGCGCGAGUGGCGAGAGCCGCCUGGGGAGCUGGCGGAUGAGCGAGCUGGGCAUCGGGACCGCUGGACUCGGAGGUGACCCCGGCCUGAUCUGACCCGGACCCUAAAUCAGUCCCCGCCCCGCCGGGCGAACGCGCGCGCUCGGGUCGCCCCACGCGGCGGCGCCGCUUGUUUACGUUUGCAGAUUUCCAGGGGAGCCCCCCAUCGUGGCCAACAUGGCCUCUGAAGACAUUGCCAAGCUGGCAGAGACGCUAGCCAAAACCCAGGUGGCCGGGGGACAACUGAGUUUCAAGGGCAAGAGCCUCAAGCUCAACACUGCAGAAGAUGCCAAGGACGUGAUUAAAGAGAUUGAAGACUUUGACGGCUUGGAGGCUCUGCGCCUGGAGGGCAACACGGUGGGCGUGGAAGCAGCCAAGGUCAUUGCCAAGGCCUUGGAGAAGAAGUCAGAGUUGAAGCGAUGCCACUGGAGCGACAUGUUCACGGGAAGGCUGCGGUCUGAGAUCCCACCAGCCCUGAUCUCUCUAGGGGAGGGACUCAUCACGGCCGGGGCCCAGCUCGUAGAGCUGGACCUAAGUGACAACGCGUUCGGACCUGACGGCGUGCGAGGCUUUGAGGCCCUGCUCAAGAGCUCUGCCUGCUUCACCCUGCACGAACUCAAGCUCAACAACUGUGGCAUGGGCAUUGGUGGCGGCAAGAUCCUGGCAGCAGCUCUGACUGAGUGUCACCGGAAAUCCAGUGCCCAAGGCAAGCCACUGGCCCUCAAGGUUUUUGUGGCUGGCAGAAACCGCCUAGAGAACGAUGGAGCCACUGCCUUGGCAGAAGCUUUUGGGAUCAUUGGGACUCUGGAGGAGGUCCACAUGCCACAGAAUGGGAUCAAUCACCCUGGCGUCACUGCCCUGGCUCAGGCUUUUGCCAUCAACCCGCUGCUGCGGGUCAUCAACCUGAACGAUAACACCUUCACGGAGAAGGGCGCUGUGGCCAUGGCCAAGACCCUGAAGUCCUUGCGGCAGGUGGAGGUGAUCAACUUCGGGGACUGCCUGGUGCGCUCCAAGGGCGCCGUUGCCAUUGCAGAUGCCGUCCGCGGGGGCCUGCCCAAGCUGAAGGAGCUGAACUUGUCAUUCUGUGAAAUCAAGAGAGAUGCUGCUCUGGCCGUUGCUGAGGCUGUGGCGGACAAGGCUGAGCUGGAGAAACUGGACCUCAAUGGCAACACCCUGGGAGAAGAAGGCUGCGAGCAGCUCCAGGAGGUGCUGGACGGCUUCAGCAUGGCCACGGUGCUGGCGUCCCUCAGUGAUGAUGAGGGUGAGGAUGAAGAUGAGGAGGAGGAGGAGGAGGAAGAGGAGGAAGAAGGAGAAGAUGAGGAGGAGGAGGAAGAAGAUGAAGAAGAGGAGGAGGAGGAAGAGGAGGAGGAAGAAGAGCCACAGCAGCAAGAGCAAGGAGAGGAGUCACCCACACCAUCAAGGAAGAUUCCGGACCCUACCAGUGGAGAACCAGCUCCCGUGCUGUCCUCCCCACCUCCCGCAGACGUCUCCACCUUCUUGGCUUUCCCCUCUCCGGAGAAACUGCUGCGCCUCGGGCCCAAGAGUUCUGCGCUCAUAGCCCAACAGACUGACACAUCUGACCCGGAGAAAGUGGUCUCCGCCUUCCUGAAGGUGUCCUCUGUGUUCAAGGACGAAGCCAGCGUGAGGACGGCAGUGCAGGAGGCAGUAGAUGCCUUGAUGAAGAAGGCCUUCAGCUCAUCCUCCUUCAACUCCAACGCCUUCCUCACCAGGCUCCUCAUCCACAUGGGUCUGCUCAAGAGUGAAGACAAGAUCAAGGCCAUUGCCAACUUGUAUGGCCCGCUGAUGGCGCUGAACCACAUGGUGCAGCAAGACUACUUCCCCAAGGCCCUUGCACCCCUGCUGCUGGCAUUCGUGACCAAGCCCAAUGGCGCCCUGGAAUCCUGCUCCUUUGCCCGCCACAAUCUGCUGCAGACGUUGUACAAGGUCUAGACGCGAAGCGGCCUCCCCCGUCCCUUGGCCUGGACCAGUGACUUGGGAAGGGACUCGGAUGAAGGACUCUGGCCGUAGGCAGGGAGGGUCUUUGUCAUGUCAGUCCCCCGAGGAUGUAUGUUGGUGUGGUGCUCGUGCAGGUGUGUGCUUCAUGUCGGGGUUUGAGUUUUUAAUGUCUCUGCUGGACUGGCCCUGGUCUCGCUGGAGGGGAGCUGGCCCCCUGGCGGGAGGGCUGUGAGCUGCUCUGCCAUUAAACUCACCACCACCUGAGGGCUCCCCGCUGUUCUGUGCCUCAGGCUCCAGGCCCUGGUGGCUGUCCCCACCCACCUUGCCUGCCCUACCCUCCUGGGCUGCCCCAGGGCCUGGGUAGCAGUUGUCCGUGUGCUGUUCUCUCCCCCCGUGUUGUGGCUGGGCUGUGUUUCCUGCCCCACCUGGGGCCACUCACUCGGUGGCUUGCUUCCUUUCCCCAAGCCCUGGUCCUGCAGCCACUGCUGUCCUCUCUGUCCCCACCAUCCAUCUCUGCUAUGCUGACCCCUAAGCCUGAGGGUCAGAGACUGCCGCAGGUGGGGCCAUGGAGUGUUCAGCCGAGGGCAAGACCCUGGCACCCACACCACAUGGACAGAAAGAGAAGCCAGUGGGCAGACACCAAAGGGUCUUGGAGCUGGAGUUGCCUGCCCGGUGCUGGCUCUGGAUGCAGAGGGGCCCUCCUCUGGCUGCUGAGGAGACGUCUGUGACUGGUCUGGCGGCCGAGCUGGAGGAGGCACCUUGGCAGGUCCAAACCUGUUCUCCAGCCUGGGGGCGGGGCAGGGCCCACUGGUGCCUGAGCUGCAUCUCGGGCGCUCUUACAGGACCUGGGCAGGGGCAGGUGGGGACUGGGCUGGACUGCAGGUGCCCCGCCACGCCCUGCGCGUUCCCCCUUGUGCUCUUUGUGCGUCUGGGCUGUGCCCAGGGCUUCACAAAUAAAGUUGUGUGUGGCAGCAGCGAA